AAAUGAUAAAUAUUAUAUUUAUGGCAUGAACUAGCCUUAAUAUCAAUCAUGCAUUCAACGCACACAGCGGCCAGUACACAGUGCGCGGGCGCAGCCGUCGCGCGUCCACUCGAGUCGGCCGCCAUUUUGUUUGAUCAGCUGUCAGUUUGACCAGUGUGUGAAGUGAAAAAAAAUCAAGAUGGCGGUGCUGAAGUUAGUGUUGUGUUUAAGUUUCGUGCAAAUGGCGUUUGCCAAAGGGUCAGAAGCAAAAAUCGAAUGUACGCCAGAGUACUUGCGAGUGGUGGUACCUAUGGAUGGAGACCGGAGGAUAGCCUACCUCGACCAACUUAAAGACUACGCCCCGUGCAAGCCUACCAUGGAGGGUAACUUGGCGACCUUCCUUCUGGAUCUGCAAUACUACCGCAAGUGUACUGUCACUAAAGUGCUCAAUAAGAUUACGGGUAAGCGCACAUACUACCACAAGAUCGUGAUAGAGGACGGGUCGGGCGGGCGCGAGACGGUCUCCGUAAGGUGUGAAGUGACCGGCAAAUCGCACGCGCUCGUUCGCCGCGCCACCGAGGACUUCCCUCUCAACUUCAACGAGCCAGAUAUCCUGAACAUCACGAGAUACAUGGAGGGGCGAGCUCCUGAUCCCCUUUUGGGCGCCAUUGUGAAGCAGAACGGAAAACAGGUGUCGGGCGAGAUCUCCGUGACGCCGGGCACGCCGCUGUCGAUGGAGAUCUUCCUCGACAACUCGUCGGCGCCGGUGUACGGGCUGCUGGUCGGGUACAUGCGCGUCACCGACACGGGGAAGCAGCAGGAGACCAUUAUCAUUAAUGGUUGCUCGGUGGACCCGUACCUCUUCGACAACUUCCAGACAUCGGACGGCAAGAACCUGACGGCCAAGUUCAGGGCGUUCAAGUUCCCUGACACCACGUACGUUCAGUUCACGGGAACUGUCACCGUUUGUCUUGAUAAGUGUCAAGGGGUGGAGUGCAGCAACGGAGUGACGGCGUACGGUCGCAAACGCCGCGCGAUAGCGACGGGCGCGGAGGCGAACAAGGUGUUCGAGGUGUCGCUCACUACCAUCAUCAAGGUCGACUGGGCCGACUCGCACCACAGGGAGGAGAAGGAAGUCUUCGAGUUAUUAAAAGAUUUAAACAACGCGAAUCAACUAUUGGGUGACAGAGACGGUACAUCGGCAACAGUAGCCGAGCAAGGCGACAUCAACCAACCCGACACCCGCUAUGAACUGCCACCGUAUUCCAGCAACUCAAACACACAAACAUUCAGUUGUGCGCUUUUACUCGUUACCCUGUAUAUAGUUUCACGAAAAUAAAUGAUGGGGUAAAAAAUACCAUGUCAGAAUAGUUGUGCGAACAAUGUAAAAAGUGGGUGUUUUUGGGUUAACCAUAGAUAUUUGUUUUUUUUUGCCUGUUAUGGUACUAGCAAAGAUUCGGUGACCGUGCAGUCUUUUUUUAAAUAUAAGGUAGGUUCCUUUUUUAACCGACUUCUAAAAAGCAGGAGGUUCUACGUUCGGCUGUAUGUAUGUUUUUUUAUUUAUGUUUUAUUAAAGUCCUUUUAAAAUAAAAUACUGAAUUGAUAAAAUUAAGGACUCCCUAAACCUAUCAAUUCAAAUUCUCAACGAAAUACCUAUGAAGUGAUUUUAUAACAAGGGAAGUAGGAUUUUUGUGUACCUACUUUGAAGUGAUAACUUCUUGUCGAAGAGUAAACUGCUUCGUAACGUAACGCGUUACGGUGCCAUUCUGUCUGGUUUCCCUUUCUGCCACGUGUACGGUAGCAGGUUUAAGUUAUCACAUUAGUUUUUUAUUCUUUUGGCUCUUAAAAAAUCUAUUUAAGGACCAAAAUUCAUGUCUUUAUAAAAUUUAUUUGAAUUUAUUUUACGUUAAUGUGACUCGUUUUUUAACUAAUUUCAGUUUGUCUGCAUAGAAUUUUAGUGUGAUUUUUAAAAAAAAUAAUUGUGAUUACCCAUGUACUCAUAAUUUACGAAAGCAAAAUGUCAUCGAAUAAUAGGUAAUAAUUGUUUUAUAAUAAUUUAGUUCGUAAGUUAAAGUGAUUUUAAAAUAAUACUAAAAUUUAGUGCCUUUCAUUAGUUUCAUAUUAAUAAUGCUAACGCAUUUAAGGUCAACUAGUCUUAAAAUAAUUUGUUAAUAAAAUAAGAAAUGAUGUCAUGACAGGAAGAGAGAAAAACAUAAAAUAAACAACUUGAUAAUUAGAUAGAAAAAUUAAAAAUUUGAAUUUACCUACUUUUAAAAUUAUUUUCAAAAAAUAUCUUUUAUAGUGACGUCAUUUUAGUUUUAUACUCUCCUUAAUAUGGGUAUCAAAUGAUUGACUUAGUUUGAUACCCAUAUUAAGGGUAUAAUAAAAAUAGGCAUCGGUUGUAAAUCGGUUAAUAAAACCAGACCGAUAUAUUAGGAAGUUGAGAAGAUUUAGGAUGACGUCACGUACCAGCAAUAGUUUUAAAAAAAGUAAAUCAAAAUCGGUUUAUCCGUUUAGAAGCUGUAAUGCCAUAGAAAAACACACAACAUACUUUUAGCUUUUGAUCAUGGAUUUUUGCGGAGGUUGCAAAACUUCUGCACAUCUUUUACCAUUAAUAAUUUUUACUUAAUAUUUAAGAAUUCACUUAAUAGAUAUUAAUUUACUGUUUUUUGUAUAAAUGGCUUCCUAAUGUAUUAAUAAUUACUACCUACAUUUAUUAGAUUACAGUGGUUUUCCUCGUCGAAUUGUUUAAUUAAAACUAUAAAACGUAUGUUUGUUAAUUGUUGUCUUCUGUAGCUCGCUUGUGAAUGUUUCUUUAACCGAAAGGUCCCGGGUUCGAAUCUCAGAUCAGUUCAAUUUUUUUAAUUGUUUUAGCGCUAGGCUUCAAUGUCUAGUUGCCAAGCGAUUUAGCGUUAAAGGGUAAAAACCGCUGGCCUAUUCACACUAAUUUCGUCAACCUCUUAAAAUAAACAUCAAAUCAACUGAGAAAUGUCAUCUAGCUACUGUAUGAUAUCCACGAAGGGUAUCAAUAGACACCAAAAGACAUUUUUUACAUUGAGUCUCAAUUUCGUUACUACUAGUUAAUGAAUUAGCCAACAGUUAGGCAUAUUGGUGUAUGUGAACCUAAAUAAUAAAAAAAAAUCGUUUUUAAUGAAAAAAACUCACCGAAGGAAAACCAUUUUAGAUAGACCACUAAGAGUAAUUUUUAAUGAACUGUCUUAUUAGUGUACAGUCUAUUCUGUUCUAUUUCAUAACCUUGUUCUCGUGAAGCAUAAGAUACGAAUUAAAUGAUUAGAUUCUCAAUAAAUUUUAACGCAAAUUAUAAUUUUAUGUUUAACAAUGAAAUUGUAUGGUGCUUCUAUUAAACGACGACUAAAUUAUUUAAAUUUUUUUAAUGUACUUAAAUAGUUUUUAACUCAAUAAAAAAUAUAAAUAAACUACCUUCCAAACAA